AUGACGGUGACAAUGGCUAACAAGUCUCUGGGAAAAGUCUACGAGAGAGAAGCAGUACAUUUCUCCAUUGAAGUUGUUAUGAAAGCUUAUUUUUUCACCCACUCUAUAUGGAAAUUUCUACCAUUUCUUUUACCCUCCUUCCUCUCCUUUCUCAUCUUCCCUUCCUCAUCGUUGGCCCUCCUGAUUUCCGAUGUAGCCACUGUGUCGAUUCCAAAGGUCACUACACAAGUACAAGCACCUUCCAAGCAAACCUUAAUAUCCUUCUCUCACACCUCACUUCCGACGCCAAAAUCAACAACUGUGGCUUCAUCGAUAUCUCUCAUGGCGAAAAUCCUGACCGAGUUAAUGCGAUUGGGCUGUGCAGAGGUGGGGUUACGCAAGACGAACGCCAAAGUUGCCUCAGGAAUGCGUCAAUUAUUCUCCCAAAGUUGAGUCCAAUACAGAAGGAAGCAAUGGGAAGCUCUGGUGAAUGUACUCUACGAUACUCAAAUUAUUCAGUAUCACAGGUGUUGGAAUCUGAUUCUCUGCUCCGUUUAGUAUCGCACUGCCUCUUUUAUGAUCCCGUAACUGAUGGUUCGCCAAAACCUUAUUCUCCAUCGUCACAAGGUAUGUACCAGUCAACUGACCCUGAGAAAAUUUGGUCCCCUGACAAGAUGACGAUAAGUUUGAUGGAGAAAGAUUUCUGCUUCUUUAAGUCUGCUUUCAUCUAUCUGUUUCCUUGUAAUCUUUAUCUCCGCCUCAAAUGGUAACUCUCUGCUGGGAAUUUCCCUUCCAUUUAUGAAAGGAAAGGGUGCAUUUUUGUCACAGUCACAGAUAUAACAUUAAGCUUCAAAACUUAUGUUCUUGAAGAUCUUUUGGGAACUUUUUCUUUUCCGGAAAGAACAAGACAUUACUAACAGUUGUCGCUAUAGUUGUGCCUAUUCUUGCCUCUAUUGUGCUGCUUUUUGUCGUUUGGGUCUUCGUAAGAGAAAGAAUGAACCGAAGAAGACAUACUCAAAGUAAGUUUACAUAUUUAUUUUCUUAUUGCCCACAAUCUAGAUGUAAAUCAAGGCAUGAUUAAAUUUCUUUCAGCUUUUGAAAGAGACAGAAAGAGGAGGAAAGUGAGACCUACUUGAGGUUCUAAUUUCUCCCUCUUACUCAUCCAUUCAUUUGCAAUGGCAAAUUUCAGUUUUUGUCACUAUGAACCUUCCAGAGGUGGGGUUCCCCUUUUCUUUUACACUUGUCUUCCAUUUUUUCCUCCUGAACAUCUGGGAAUUCAAAUCCACUAUUUAUUAGGAUCCUGUUACGAAAGGGAAAAUAGAAAGAAGAGAAAGAGUUGAAUCUCACUUUUUUUAUCCGUAUUUCAUUUAUUCUCUCAUACAAGAGUUAAUCUUGGUACAUUCUGAACUAAAUUUGAUUUGAAGAACUAGCUUAAAUUCCUAUUUCUUGGCGAAUCUGAAGUUGACAAUGCCACUGAACUUGCUAAGUCAAUACAAUGUGCAUUUCAGACCAUCGAAGCUGCUACUGAUAACUUCUCCAAUGAAAACAAGCUUGGACAAGGUGGAUUUGGACAUGUUUACAAGGUAAAGAGAGAUAUAAAACUCACGUUGAGGGCUGUAUGUAUGUGUUCUCAAGGUUGAAUAUUGAUGCAUCCUAGUUGUUGGCCAACUUCAGGGUAGGCUCUCCAAGGGACAAGGCAUUGCAGUAAAAAGAUUGUCUAGGAAUUCUGGGCAAGGAGAUAUUGAGUUCAAAAAUGAACUGUUAUUAAUGGCCCAACUUCGGCAUGGAAAUUUAGUUAGACUCGUUGGCUUUUGCUUAAUACAAAAUGGACGGCUAUUAAUAUGAGUUUCUUCCUAAUAGAAGUCUUGACUACUUUAUAUUUGGCAUGGAAAAGCUGGAUGAGAGACACUGCCUUUGAUAUUGCAGACUCCACAUUAAAAGAUGGUUCAAGAAACGAAACAAUGAGAUGCAUUCACGUUGGCUUACUUUGUGUCCAAGAAAAGGCUCCUUGUAGACCAACCAUGGCUUCCAUUGUUCUUAUGAUUAACAGCAACUCUUUCUGUCUCCCAUUUCCCCUGCAACCUGCAUUUUUUAGUAAUCACGGAAGCUUCCCACUAGAUGUCCAACAUGUGGAGUAUAGUUUUGAUUAGGGCUGCACAAAGAACUGAGCAAGAUUAGACUUUAGCCUAAUCCAAAGUUUGGUUUCUUUCAUAGAAAGGACUAGAUUAGGCAACCUCUAAUCAUGUUUAAUCUAGUUGUAGCCCAAAAAUUAACAUGACCAGAUUUUGGUCCAUAGGAGUGGAAGAAUGAUCCAAUUAGUCUAGUACUCACUUAGU